AUGGUGGUGUGUACACCAGCACCGAGACACACACUCAUACAUAUUCCUCUGCUUGACUUCAACCCCUUCCCCAAUAUCUGCAGGAAUGAGGGUGUUUUGUAUAAAGACAGAGGCGGAGACAGUAUUUAUUAUAACCUGCUGGAGCCCCAGGGGCUCACCACCUCAUAUUUCAUCUUAAUGUAUCUUCACUCACAGCCUCACUUUUUUUUCUGUCUGGCCGUCGCCAGGAAAACUUCAGAGGAGAGAAACAACAAUGGCAAAGCAGGUGACUCGGUGUUCACAGUCAGUCUCACCUUGGCCUUAUCUGGGGCUUCCAUAUCUCAACAGAUUAAACUGCCUGAAUUAGACUGCGCUCUCACCGGACACAGCGAGACAUCCCCAGGGAGCCGGAGAGGUACGAUGGGCUUUUGCUGGAGCGGGGAGUGUGGCAACAGGCCUUGUUGGGGAGGCCAUUAUAUGCCCGGUUGGGUGGGCCCCACUGUGCUGCUCUGCAUCUAUGGUUUCUGCUCCAUGAUGAGGCCUAUAGAGCCCUUCAUGACAGAGUUCCUCACGGGAACUUACAAGAAUCUCACCACGGAGCAGGUGACCAGACAGGUAUUUCCUGUGUGGUCUUACUCCAGUUUGGUUCUCCUUGUCCCAGUCCUGCUGGUGACAGACUUCCUCAGGUACAAGCCUGUAAUCAUCCUCCAGGGGUUCAGCUAUGUCACAGCGUUUCUGCUGAUACUAUUUGGCUCGGGGGUCCGAUCAGCUCAGUUGGCCUUCUUCAGCUUCAGCAUUGCCCUGGCAGCAGACGUGGCCUAUUUCUCCUACAUUUACAGCGUGGUGCAGCCCAGCUACUAUCAGAGAGUGACCAGUUAUGUCAGAGGGGCCAUGCUACUGGGCUACGCUGUGGGCGCUCUGCUGAGUCAACUGCUGGUGUCUUUUGGGGUGUCCUUGUAUUGCUUAGCUGUUGUGUCUCUCACCUCUGUCUCUGUAGCACUGAUAACCUCCUUUUUCCUGCCAAUGCCUAAGACUAGUCUGUUUUUCAGGGGAACACAUUCCGCACAACAGGGUAGCUCCGGUGAGGACACUCACAACUCUGAAAGCCAAGACUUUUCCAUGUGGGUGAAAAUCACAACAGCUGCCAAGCAUGUUGGGAGGAUGUUCAGAGGGCUCAUAUUGGACUGUUACGUCCAGAUCCUCUGGGAACAUACACAGCCGCAGAACUUCACAGUCUACAAUGGAGGGGUGUACGGCAUCAGCACAUUGACAGGUGCUGCCGCUACUAUUGUUGUGGGACACGUGUCCCUGGACUGGUCCGUGUGGGGGGAACUGGUCCUGGGGGGUUUAACGUUCGUGAUCGCUGGGGCUAUAAUCCUAAUGGAUCUGACUGACGAUAUCUGGAUCAGCUAUGCAUGCUUCUUCCUCUUCAAAACAGUUUACAUGCCGCUCAGCACCGUCUGCACUUUUCAGAUAGCCAAGACGCUGAAAAUGGAGCGCUAUGCAUUGGUAUUUGGCGUGAACAGCUUUGUGAGCACAAUCCUCCAGAGUGUCCUCGCCGCUAUCAUCAUCAACACUCUACAGGUCACCAUCACCUUGCAGUUCAUUGUCUACACCUCAUACUUUGCUGCCAUUUCCCUGCUGUUCACAGUCAGAGGUAUGUAUACUCUGCUCGACAUUAAACGUCCUGUCGAAAACAACCAGGCAGAGAGAGCCACCAACUUACCAGAGCCCACACGUCUUUGA